UCAGAACUGCAUGAGGUCAGAAACAAAUUAUAUGAAAUCUGCCGACCAAGAGAAAUCAAAGCCGCACCACAGAGAAAAAAGAAGAGAACGAUCGACCUCGCCAACCUAUGACCACCAUCGAAGACGUUCAUCGCCUUCAGACGACGAUGAUCUGUCUCAUAUCUAUCCCGUGAAAAGUAUGAUAAGCCAGGUUGCUCACGAGCACGAAGAUGAUCCAGAAAUUUACAAUGGCGAGGGUGAAGAUUACAUCAGUGACACCGAUUACAUGGUGCAGUGGACGGGUCCGCGAAAGAACCUGCCGGUGGUGCUGUUCCGGGCAGACGCCAUUCUGGAGAAAGAGAGCUCGGCCAAGUGUGUGGGUGAGAAGUACCGCCUGGCCUUCAAGAUAGUGAGGACCGAGUGUAAGAUUGUGAGGUCUGUUCUGGUGUCGCAUGGCUUCCACGAAGUCCACCCAAAUAGCCUCGACUUCAACGUUAUGUGGACCGGCUCACACAUCAAACCUUACGUACUGAGAGGCUUCUCCGAGUUCCAGAAGGUCAAUCAUUUUCCAAGGUCUUACGAGUUGACGCGCAAAGACAGACUGUGUAAGAAUGUGCAGAGGAUGCAGCACCUGCGGGGCUUCAAACACUUCGACUUCAUCCCCCUCACUUUCAUCACCCCCAUCGAGUUCGGAGACUUCCAGAGUACUUUCGCCAAAGAAAAAGGAGUUUGGAUAGUGAAACCAGUGGCGUCUUCAAGAGGACGCGGUAUCUUCCUCAUUAAUCAUCCAAGUCAAGUGCCGAUGGACGAAACACUCAUUGUAUCUCGCUACAUCAACAACCCACUUCUUAUCGAUGACUUCAAGUUUGACAUUCGGAUAUACGUGCUAGUUACUUCAUACGAUCCCCUCAUUGUCUAUCUAUAUGAAGAAGGUCUCGCAAGGUUUGCGUCCCAGAAGUUCGACAAGUCCACCAAGAGCGUUAAAAAUCAGUUCAUGCACCUCACCAACUACAGUGUGAAUAAACGCAAUCCCGAUUUUGUUAAAAAUGCGGACCCUGAGCUGGAGGACUUCGGGAACAAGUGGAGUAUGAGUGCCAUGCUGAGAUAUCUCAAGUCUAUUGGACACGACACAGCCACUCUGAUGAUGCGGAUCGAGGACCUGGUGGUGAAGACGUUUCUGGCGGGCGAAAUGGCCAUUGCCUCAGCCUCCAACAUGUUCCAGCCCCACAGAGGCAACUGCUAUGAGCUGUAUGGAUUCGAUGUGCUGGUGGAUGAGAACAUGAAGCCCUGGCUGAUGGAAGUUAAUCUAUCCCCCUCUCUCGCCUGUGAUGCCCCCAUAGAUCUGAAGAUCAAGGCCAACAUGAUAUCAGACCUGUUUUCAGUUGUGGGUGUCACAGCUCAAGACCCAGUCUCAAGACGCAUUAAUGGCGGAAGGAGGGAGUUCCAAUCACGCAGUGCCGUUCGACAGCAGAUAGUGGACUAUAUCGACAAUUUUUCCGAGAAGUACAGAGACAAGGCCCCUCCCAUUCCUAAGAGGGGAAAGAAGCAGCGACCAGCAAACAGUGGUAGGGGCGGCAGAGGAGGGGGUGCUCCUUUUGCCGGCGGAAGACGGGGUGGGGGCAGAGGCACUUCUGAUAACAGCGGGGGGACGCCUCUGACGGGGGAGGAGGCGAAAAUACUGCGGAUGGCGAGGGAAGAGUACGGGAGGAGGGGGCGCUGGAUCCGCGUGUUCCCCACCCACACCUCCUGGGAGACGUAUGGGGGAUUAAUGGAACACAGGACUACUCACAACCUCAUGCUCUACACCAAGCUGUAUCCAAAUAACGGGCGUACGAAAUCUGGCGCACCAUCCAGGCCUCCUUCCAGUUACCAUUCAUCUCACAGGCCGAAGUCGGCUGUCCCCAUGUACAGUUUUGAGGGUGUGAGUGAGGGUGGGGGCAAUGGAUACAGCUGUGAGAUCAUAUCACGCCUGCUGCAAUACGAGCGCAGAUUGCUCACUUUGGCGGAGAGCAGGGCAGUGUCGGCAGCACACGGCAACAGAAGAGUACACUCGGAGAACGUGGCCCUGUCUCUCUCUGCUGCGACAUCGCAGUCGGCUGCAGCCACUAAUGCAGAUCACAACUCGACACAUCAUUACGCCAGCGCUGGCGCCAAAGCAGCUUCCAAUAACCACCACAACCACCACCACGAAAAGUCACAGAGCCGAUCGCGCAGUCAAAUGUCGAACGGCGCCGCAGGAGGUCAGAACAGAGCGAAUUCGCGACCGACAAGCAACGACUCCUCCCGGGCACAUACGACGAAUAAGAAGGAUGGUGCGAGACAUCAUCACCAGUCAAAGAGCGAAAAAGAGAAGAGCAGGAGUACGAAGAGUGUAGGGCAGGACACGGGGGGCGAUGAGCACCUAGUGCAGCAAAGGGGAGGCACCAAAACGACGACAGAGACCUCAGGCAACCACCACGUUCACGGGAGGCGAACGAGGGAGAAGGGAACUGAGCCUAUGGGGGCGGAUACUACAGGAGGAACGGCGAGACAUGGACACCGCAGCAGAAAGCAGCAGCAGCAGAUGCACACAAUGUCGGCCGCAGUUUACAAUGUGAGUGCGGACUACACCAGGAGCAGGAGUCGCUCAUCGGGAUCCCCACACUCUGCUGCAUCCUCGUCUCGCUCCAACUCGGGCUCCGGUAGGUCUCAGGGAAAUGACAGUGCAGGUUCUCCGUUCCAAAGGGAUAGGUGCUACAGUAGGAGCCGGAGUCAGUCGGCCAGCAGCAGCAGCUCCGGUUGCAGCGGUAGUCUGGACUCAGGCAAUGACGACAGCAAUGGCAGCUCGGUUGGAAUGUCCAGUGCUCAGCAAGCAAAGGAACAGCUGAGGUGUUUGCUGGAACAGGGACAUAUUUUUACAGUGACGCAGGCGAGACUGGCGUUCGCAGCCUACUUGGCCAGGGUGCACCAGCGACUGUUGCAGGAGAGCCAGCAGCACCAUUCCAACUCCUCCCCCUCCUCUGCUGCUGCCGUUGAUGCCCUAAGUGGACAGGUGAAGCGAGAAGUGAACGAAAACGGCAGUGAUGCCCAAAUGGAUACUGCGUGGGAUCCUGUUUCCGAGGAUCUGGUGCUGAGAUUUCUGCGGCGAGCAGCCCAAAAUCUGAGCCAGGUGUUCCGAGUCGUGGUUCCCAGUAAGAAGCUGCCGAUCCAGGACAGACGGCGCAUCCUGGCCAAACAGCUGUCUGACUUCGUGAGUAUCUACUCCAAGGACACUCACACAAUCAGUGCCCGCGAGAACAAGACAGCAGCCACUCAACAAGAGCACAAAAUCCCUAUCUCUGACCAGAUAUUCCAACAAUUUCUUGAUUUGUCCAACGAGAAUGAUCUGGAAGAAGUGCUGACUUUGUUUACUAAAAUCAACAAAUCUGCCAGCAUUUUUCUGGGAGGAAUUCAACAGUUGGCCGAACAGCAGAAGGACUUGCUAGGCGAACAGAAUAACCAGACCAGUAGUGCAGACGAGGAUUUGAAGAUGAAGGAGAAGCGGAAGACGUCUACGGAGAAGCAGAGCAGCUCCUCCACUGCUGUGACAUUGCAGCCGCUGCCUACAGACUCUGUUGGGGGUGCAGUAUCAGAUCAAGAUGGAGGAGGAAGACGACGAGAUCAUGUCGCUACUUCUCAGUCCGACUCGAAGGGCGACCACGAAGUGAGAAUGAGAAAUGAGAAGAGCGGUGGCAGCAGUCACUGCAGUCAACAGCAGCCGGGCAGCCCAGAAAACAGAGAAAGACAGUGGACUACAGCGGCUACAGUUGGACUGGCACUCCAUCAACACUCCUCCGCCAACACUCCUCUGGGCGACAAGAUGAUGCUGAUGGAGGAGGGGGGUUUUAAUCACAAUCACAAGGCAACAGCUGCAUCCCGUCGGAGACCCCCCUCGGGUGCAGUUACUACUGCUACUGCAGACGUAAGCACUGGCACUGGUCUAAGUGGUGCGGCGGUCGGAAGCAGUAGUAGACUAUUAGUGGCGAAUGGGGGCCAGCGGGACAGAAGCGUGGAGAGGAGGGAUCGAUCUGUAGAGAGGGAAUUGUUUCUUCAUGAGGAAACCACCUCCACGCGCGUACAGAAACCGACAGAAGCCUCUGCUGCUAAACUGGCAUUCGACACCAACUCAUCUGGAGCUGCUGGCUCCUCAUUCUCAUCCCCCUACCGCAAUUCUCGGCUGGCGGAGAGACCGGGCGGCAGUGGCAGUCGUCACUAUCGACAACAUAGACCCAACUACUCCCCUAUUGGCCAAGGAGGCGCCCCCUUCAUGCCCAGCAGCAGCUGCAGUCGCUCCCCUUCCGCCUCGCCACACUCGCGCUCUAGAGAGGACAGAGGAGGUGGCAGUGGAGAUGUGUGGAGUCCGUCGGCAAGUGGGGAUGCAACAGCCAGUGGGUCUAUAAGGACCAGUACUUCCAGGUCCACAGCAACAUCCACCAACAUAUACUCCUCAGCUCAGUCGCAGUCGGAGGCAAACACCACCCUCACACCCGCCUCUGUGACCAGAAGCAGCAUCACCAGUAGUAGAAACCACUCGGCGAAAGGGAGUGGGGCUACCACUAGUGGUACGCCAAUGAACCGGGGGAAGAAGCCGCGCCCGUUCUCGGCUCAAUUGGAUGCAGCGGCGAGGAUCUACUGUGAGAACUUGACGAAGACUAUGGUUCCCAUAAGUAACAACAGACAUCAUGGGAGGUCGAACACAGCCUCGUCCAAGUGGUCAUCUACUACAAAUUACAACAACAACAACAACAGCACAAAUCGCUCUGAAAGUGGGAGCACAACAAUAACAACGAACAAGAGCGAGCAAGCCAUCAGUGAUGCACUGCAACGUCUGGCUAAGAGGCAUGCCACAAGGCAGUAUUCUGCUAACAAUGCCAGCUCGGCUCUAUUGGGAGGCACAUCAUCAGCAGACACAGAGGGGGACCAGAACCACCAACAGCACAACAGCAAGUCCAAUGGGAGUCACGGAGGAAGUGGCCACUUUGCCCCCCACAGAUGGGAGAAGGAGGGGCACGAGGAGCUGGAUGCACAUGCAUCUGCCUACUCUCACGUCACGGGAGUCGCCCCCUCCGCUUCCUACCAAGCCACACCCGGUAGUACCCAGUACGAAGUGGUACAGCAGCAGAGCGCCACACGCUCCUCCUCCUCUUCUGCAGCAGGCAUACUAAACAGACCGACAACAUCCACCGCUUCAGGAACCACAAGUACAGGGACGGGCACUGCCGGGAGUGGGCUUGUACAGCAGAGGCAGAGACAGCGACCACAGUCGUGCAAGACCUCCUUCGCUGCCCUCAACAGGCGUGGGCAACAGCAGGGGAGCAGUAGUUCGGCCGUAAGCACGAUAGAGAACGAAGAGAGUUUGACUGGUGGCGGGGCAAGUGGCUUCAGCAGAGGCAGUUCCAUCUCUCUCUCCAUGGUGCCCCAAGCAGCCACCUCAAAUUCACACGCACACCAACCACACACCCCCUAUACCCAUCAAGGAGGCUACGAAGAUAGCCCCUACUACACCAGACCCACUCGUGCUUCCAGUGCCUCAAGAAGACCCAAAGCAGCAAUGAACCAUUCAGCUCCUCAGCAGACGAAUAAUAACAACCGAUGAAAUAGAAGAGGGGGAUGUGACAAGGAGCACGGACAGAAGCUAACAUGAUAGAGUUUAAACUAGAUGAAUCGAUAAACAGACAUGUACAAAUAUAAAUAUGUUUUACUUUUUAAACACAAGCAGAGCCGCUCAUUUUAGAAUUUGGAAUAGAUUUGUAAAUAUUGUACAGGUCGCUUGUUUAUUCUAUGUGCAUAUCAUAUCACUCAACUAGCUUGGCUUUCUUGGGCUUCACUAUGUGUCAUAAGGGUUGCUGGGCCAGCCAACCAAAGUGAAAGUGUUACCAAGUAAACAGACAGAAAGCCAAGUGUUCAUAUUUAAUGCAUUCGAUGCCAUUCCAUGUUCCUCAAUUGUCGCAUAUGUGUAAAUAUUAAGUAAAUAUAUCUUUACUACUGUCUCCUUCAGUUGUCACUGUAGUUCUCAAAGUGAG